GCAGUGAUCUCAGGUGAGCACCUUCGGAUCUGUCCCCAGGAGUACACCUGCUGUUCCAGUGAAAUAGAGCAGAGGCUGACUUGGGAGACUGAGGCCACCUUCAGAGGCCUAGUGGAGGAGAGCGGCUCAUUCCUGGUUCACACACUGGCUGCCCGGCACAGAAAAUUUGAUGAGGUUUUUCGGGAGAUGCUCUCAUCGUCUGAGCACUCUCUGGCCCUGCUCUUCCACCGCUCCUAUGGCCACCUGUAUUCCCAGCACGCCCCUAUAUUCACUGGGCUGUUCUCUCGGCUGCGGGACUACUAUGAGAGGUCCGGUGAGGGGUUAGAGGACGCUUUGGUGGAUUUCUGGGCACAGCUCCUGGAGAAAAUGUUCCCCCUGCUGCAUCCACACCACAUCUUCUCCCCCGACUACCUGUUUUGCCUCACUCGCCUCGCCUCCUCUCCUGAUGACUCUCUGAAGCCUUUUGGGGAGGCACCCCGCCGCCUCCGCCUGCAGAUAAGCCGGGCCUUGGUGGCUGCCCGGGCCUUUAUCCAGGGCCUGGAGACCGGAAGAGAUGUGGUCAGCGAAGCCCUUAAGAUGCCGUUGUCCGAAGGCUGUAGGCAGGCUGUGAUGCGUCUGACCGGCUGCCCUCUUUGUCGGGGUGUCCCCUCGCUGCCACCCUGCCGGGGCUUCUGCCUCAACGUGGCCCAUGGCUGUCUCAGCAGCCAGGGACUGGAUCCUGACUGGGGGGCCUAUCUGGAUGGUCUCCUGUUGCUGGCUGAGAAGCUCCACGGCCCUUUUUCUUUUGAGCUGGCAGCGCAGUCCAUUGGGGUGAAGGUCUCAGAGGGUUUGGUGUAUCUGCAGGAAAACGGUGCAGCCGUGUCAGCCCAGGUGUUUCGGGAAUGCGGGAAUCCCCAACGGGCAUCGUCCCGCGCCCGCCGAGCCCCAGCCCCCCGGGAAGAGGUGAGCCGCCUCUGGACCCCGGUGGCGGCGGGGACGGAGGAGGAGAGGCCCACGACGGCCGUGGGCACCAGCCUGAGCCGCUUGGUGUGGGAGCUCCACGAUCGGCUGGGCCGGGCGAGGGGCUUCUGGGCCGGGCUAACCCUGGCGGUGUGCGCGAACCCCCGCAUGGCGGCGGACAUCUCGCAGGAGGCGGCGCCCUGCUGGACUGGAGCUGGGCGGGGCCGGUACUUGUCGCCCGUGGUCGCCGGCUCCCUGGAGCAGCUCGAAAACCCAGAGGUGGACCGUGAAUUCUUGAAAUCCAGCGUCCAGACGCGCAGGCAGCGGCUGCAGCUCCGGUUAGCCACGACCAGGAUGAAGGCGGCCGCCCUGGGACGCGACCUGGAAAUGGAGGACUGGGAUGAGGAGGAGGAGAACGCCAGCGGCUCUGGAGAGGGACAGCACUAUGCAGAUGACUGGAUGGCUGGGGCAGCAGCUGUAGCCCCCCCAGCCCGGCUGCCUCGCCCUCCUCGAAGGGACGCUUCUGGGGGCAAAGGAGGUGUCCUUGUCCGCCACAACCAGGGCAGGACCAGGACUGGGGGGACAUCUGUUGGUUUUCACACCCAACCCAUCCUCAUUCUCUUCCUCUCAGCCCUGGCCCUGCUUGGACCAAGAUAACAGGGGAGGGGUGCCCUAGCAUGAGAAGGGUUCAUGGCCCUUCCCCUCCUCCCCCUCCCCCUGAGCUGGGUCUGGGAAGGAGUCGAAGGGGGUUGCAGAGACUUAGAGAAAGGGACUUUUUAGGUGAACGGCUGGGGCCCCAAAUCCAGGAGAUUAUCAUU